AUGAAAGAAACCAGUGUGGUCAAGCACAAGAAAGUUCUUGUUUUUACAAAAAAUGACAGAUCAAGAAGAUCAAGUCACUUUAGAACUUUACGAAAGUCAACUAAACCGUCCAUGGUUGAAUCCGCUGAAGCUCUUCUUUCCAAAACCCCGUCAUCCACUGUAGAUGUAGUCAAAUUUGUAGAUUACAUCAAGACAAGAUUAUCGGUGGGAAACCUAAUGUUGCAGCAACGACAUAUCUCAGAGAGAUUGGACGAUAGAGUCAAAAAUAGGGUGCUUGAACUUGUAGAGAAGAUGAUCGCGGAUGAAGAAGUCAAUCUGAAACAACAUAUCAGUGAAUUGUUGGAGAAACUUCAAGUUUUGCCAUUCCGAAAGCUGAAGUUUUCAUCCAAAAUUUUCUAUGAUCAAAAUGACCAGAUGUUAGUGAAGAGGUUGAAAAAGAAGUAUGGUUAUGAUACGAUUCUUGUUAUUGCCAACCAGGAACAAAGGUCUCAUUCGAAUGCUGAAGAAAAACCGCUUCCAAGUAAAGUAUUCAAGAUUGACGAAUAUAAGACUUCUUCAUGCUGCCCAACCUGUGAAAGUUCAUUAGAAACGUUUAAAACAGUCGCCAACCCUCGCCCCCAUAAGAGAGCAGCCAAAAUGCCAACUGUAAAAUGUCAUGGCCUAUUGAGAUGUAAAAAUCGUAACUGUCUGUUGGCCAACCUUGAACAAGUCAAGGAAAUUCCACGAAAGCUGUGGAAUCGAGAUAUGGCAGCUGUUUUAAACUUUCGAAAGAUCUUGAUGAGCUUGAGAGAGACAGGUUAUUUCUCUAUAAUAUUACUAUUCUCAGAAGAAGAAAAUGUAUCUAAAUCACUUGAAUACUUGCAAAAUUCAGCUUUUAUCAUCUUGAGAUAUAAGGGCCUUUUCUAGUUUAAUUAUCGUUAUUGUAAAAUUAGUGUACAUCAUUUAGACUACAUUCAAUCAUGACUGCUG